AUGGCAACCACACUGGACCGCAGCAGUUCAGAUGCUCCUCAUCGCAGGAAGAGCUCCAGUCUCAUGAAGAUCUUCCGGACGAACAGCUCCAGUAGUGAGAACACUGCCAGCACCCAUCCAUCGUUCAGCUACAACAACGUCCGCCUGUCCCGCAAAGACUACGACGCUAUCAAGGGCGAGACGCUCACCGACAACGCCGUCGACUUCUGGCAGGAGCACCUCGAACAUACCAUGAUCAAAGGGAAUCCCAAAUUCACCCUCUUGCGACCCUUACGAUCCCAGCUCCUUCAAGACUCUUCCGAUCCGGCGGCUCUCAAGGCGGCUUUGCCAGACCUCACCACCACCAUGCACGUCUUCGUUCCACUAAGAUCGCCCUCCAAUCAUUGGUCUCUCCUCCUCGUCUCGCCUAUCGACAAGCUCGCCUGCCACUACGACCCCUUCCGCGGCCGGAACCUCAAGCUGGCAUCGAAAGUCACCCACCGCAUCUCCGAGCACCUGGACACGAAGCCGACAUUCCUCGACGUCCCAGAUACGCCGGAAGUAACGAGCGACAAAGACUCCGGCGUCUACGUCUGCAUCUUCAUGCAGCAUCUCAUCACGAAAUUGAUGGAGACGCUGGUAUCGCAGAAAAUCGAUGCGACGCUGCAGAUGAAGGCGAUCGAUGUGAAGGCGACGAGGAAGUCGAUGGUGAAGGUCGUGGAGGAGAAUAUGAAGAGCAAGGAGAAGGCAAAGACGCCGAGUGCGACGUCCGCGUUGAACAGGGCGUUUGCGUAUCCGUAUGUGGGGAGUGUGAAGGGGGGUUUGGAGACGAAGGGUUGA